AUGAAAAUUUCAAAGUUGAGAAAUAUCAAAUUGAACUGUAUGAACAGUUCAAAGUGUUUUUUCAGUGGGUACACAGGGAAGCAUAUAUCUGACAAGGAAUUGGUCAAAAAAGAUGACAACUGGUACAUUGAGGAAACCAACUUUUGCCUGGGAAGAGUGACGAAACUGAGAUUUUCCGAAAAGGACGAUAUGGCGAGGAGAGUUUUGAAAAUUAUGGACAGCCAGUUAAGCAAGAUGUACACACGGAUGCGAGAUGGAACGGUCAUCCCAUACAUGUCCUUUUAUUUGAAUGAUGUUAUUGAUAAGCCGGCCCCAAACCAUCAGUUUAUUGAGCAACCACUGAUCAAAUGGACAUGGGACGAAGCCUACGAUGAGGCGUACGAAGAAAACUAA